AUGGCCAACCUAACCGAAGACUUCAGCCCAAUCCUCCGAGCAGUAAACAUAAUCUUCUCAAUCCUCGCAACUUUCGCAGUAAUCGGGCGCUUCGCGGCCCGCCGAAUCCGAAAUCUAACCCUCGGCAUUGACGACUGGAUGAUCUGCAUCGCCCUAUUGCUAAACUGGGCCAUCCCAACAACACGGCCUGGGCAAACACAAACCUUCACCCGCUACCUCUACUUCAUCCAAAUAACCUACGUCCCAGCACCAACAGCCGUAAAACUCUCCCUCCUUUUCCUCUACCGGCGCAUCUUCAUACACACCCGCUUUGUAUAUCUCGUGUACACCAUGAUCGGUGUGAUCCUCAUCUGGGGAAUGAUAAAUACCUUCCUGGUCAUUUUCUUCUGCACACCUAUUAGCGCGAUGUGGACUGGGAAAGGCAACUGCCUCAACGUCGACCCGUACAUUUAUGCGGUCGUUAAUGUCGUUACGACAGUUAUUGUUUGGGCGAUGCCUAUUCCGCGGGUUUGGAGCUUGCAGCUUCCGAGGGGCCAGAGGGUUGGAAUUUCGUUUAUUUUUGCUUUAGGGCUUUUAGCAGAAACGGGUGUGGAGGUGACUAACUCAUUUGUUGUGGGCAGUGACAUCGCAACGGCAAUCGGUCGCGUAACCCUAAUUCCCGAUAACAGCGACUACGACAAAACCUGGGAAUUCGGGCGGCCCUGUAUGGUUCACAUCAUUGAGAUAUCGACCGGGAUAGUUUGUACGUGUCUGCCGACGAUGCGGAUAUCGGUGCAGGCGGCGGUUGCGAGUUUGAGGGGAUAUUUUCCGUUUAUUUGCAGAAGCCGGAGUGCAACGCCCUUAAAUGGUCUCAAGGGUGGGUCUCCGAUUUCGAGCAAUGAUAAGCCGGAGCCGCGCAAUAUGAAUAUAGGUCUCGAGAAUGAGGGUGAGUGUUGGAGGUCGGGUGGUGAGGGCUGCCAUACGGAGAUUACACGCGCCAGGAGUGGGGAGAGAGAUUGGGAGCGGGAUGGGAAUGGGAGGCGGAUUUUCGUUAGGGAGGAAGUUGAUAUUGAGAUGAGGGUUGUUGAGGGUGGGUAUAUUGCUGGAUAA